CCACCAGCAGAGGGCGGGAGUUCACCGACAAACCGGAUGUUCGUCGGUAGUCGUAUCACACGAAGAAGAAGACAGGCCAACGUUCUUGUUAGCAAAUUAGCAACAUUUUUUUUUUUACAAACUAUGCGGUAAAAUGUUCUUUCUCAAUGUAAACAGAUAACGUGGUGUUGCCUUCCUGAGCACGAUGGCGACUCAGAGAGUGCUCCCUCAGAGCAAAGAGACUCUGCUGCAGAACUAUAACAAAAGACUGAAAGAUGACAUCAGGUCCAUCAUGGACAACUUUACAGAAAUCAUCAAAACAGCAAAGAUCGAGGAGGAGACACAGGUUUCCAGAGCAACCCAAGCAGAGCAGGACCAUUAUGAGAUGCACGUCCGAGCUGCCAACAUUGUUCGAGCUGGCGAAUCUCUGAUGAAGCUGGUCUCUGAUCUGAAGCAAUUCCUGAUUCUGAACGAUUUUCCCUCCGUAAACGACGCCAUCAGCCUGCAGAACCAACAGCUCCGCUCGCUGCAGGAGGAGUGCGACAAAAAGCUGACUUCACUCCGCGACGAGAUCGCCAUCGACCUGUAUGAGCUAGAGGAAGAAUAUUACUCCUCCAGCUACAGUCAGUGGGACAGCACUGAUCUGCCGCUGUGUGAGGCCUACCGCCGCCGAGACAGUUGGGCCUCCCUGGGCAGCAGCUGCAGCUCCACGCAGGGAGACAGAGAGGACACGGAGGAACCUCCUAUACAGGAGGCAAACCCCCAACACCACAUCAAUGGACAUGGGACAUCUUCUAUAGAGAAGCCAUGAAGAGAAACAUGGAAACAGACUGGAAUACUUGUGUUCAGUUUGUACUUACUUUUUUUGUUUGACCAGGUCUGCAGCUGUAAAACAUUUUGUGUUAGGUGCUAAUACUAAAACAGAAGUCAGGAGGCCCAAACAUUGAUGUUUCAACGACCUCAAACACGCAUGCCCUGAUUUAUAUGCUGUAUAUACAAUGUAGAGGGGAGGUCAGUACAUUUGCAGCUUGUGAAGUGUUUGUAUAGUUUUAUACUUGACUCAGUAUUGACAAUAAGUGCAUGCUCUUAUUGUAGUUUGUAAGCUAGUUCUUUUGUACGGUUUCCCCCUUUUUUGUACUUCAUAAAGCACUGAUCAGAUUAAAGAAAAAUUCAAGGCA